UAUAAAAUUAUUAUGAUAUCUUUCUCAUAGAAAUAUUACAGCAUUUAGUUUAUUUUUCCACUAGAAACAUAAAGUAAUUUAUGCGUGCACAAAAGAGUAAAGAAUUCAUUAUUUUCAACACAAAAAAUUACUUAUUAGAAUAGUGAUAGAAUUUUGUACUGUGUCAUAUUUUUUAAUGAAAAAAGAAGCGCGUUAGAUAUGUGCAAGUGAGUUGUACCUAUACCUGUGACACUUGCGCAAGCUUUUAAUUCAACUUGAAAUCUGAAAUAGAUCAAUACUUCAGAAGAGGAGAACGCGAGAACCGUGUACUUUGAUUGCUUUGACUCUUCGCCUAUGUGGGAAUCGCAAAGAUGCUGCAAUAUUGCGUAUAUCAUCGCACAUCUUUGGCGAUAUAUAUAACAGCAUUCUACAUAAUACAAAAUCCUAGCACACAGCAUCGUAACGCAUCGUAGGAAACGCUUGCAGGGUUUCGUUCACUCGAUUUGUUUGGAUACCCCUGCAUCAUGCAGAAGCACGGGAAAUAGUUGCACUCGCAAUGAGGAACGGUGACUUGUACAUACAUUAUAUUACUGUCUUUCAAUAUUAUCGAUCAAUAGAGCGUUCUCGAUGCUGCACUCGUAUCGUUUUACGGCAAGCGUAUACUUCCCGUGCAUAAAUGAUCGGCUUCUUUUAUUUGAUGCACGAGAUUACCGCGUUAUCGCUUUACGAUGUCCUCGAGGUGGGAUUUCACCGCUUAUCGUUAGUAUCUUUCAUUUAUGAAGGAUUUUACGUCGCGUAUAACGUGCGUGCGAGAGAAAACGUAUGCAGAUCUCUAUUCGGCUUGAGGCACAAAGCCCCGAGACAGCGCGAUGAACCAUGCUAGAUACAAUACGAUACGGUAUUCGCACUGACUUGUAACUUGGCGUUCCUGCUCGAGUUGAAACUUUCUGGAGGAUAAAGAGAUUAUCGCGAGUAAGAAAAAUAUAAAAACAGAAUAAUAAACAUACUAUAUGUAUGAAACUUUAAAGAUGAUAUUACAUGGCUGCACUUAUAUCAGCGGUCGCUAAAAGCGCGAAGUACGACAAAAAAGUACGGCAACAGCAAGAACAUUAUCAGGUUCGCUAAUGUUAGCCAAGGGUUCCAUGUGAACUUAUUACGGCAUUAUGUUUUACUCACUAGUUAGAACCAUUAUAAAGACUGGUGUCUCUAAGCAAAAUAUUUUCAUUUUGCUUCGAGCUCUGCGGAGAUGCUUAGAGAACACCUUGGACUAAUAUCAGUUGAAAUCAAGUUUAGUCACAGUGUGCGUGGUGGAAUCAAACAGACUUUUAGUGCCGAUUUCAAUAAAAUUGCUUUCACCAUUGUUAAUACAACAACGUAAGAGUAAACCAAGAUAACAUAUCAUGUGGCAUCAGGAAAUAUAUUCCAAAUUUAUCAUACAUGAUCGCGUUCUAAUAGGCAACAAAGAAACAAUCGCGGAAUGGCACCUAGGAAACAGUAUCUUGAACACAUUCAUAUCAAAUCCGAAUUUCGUUGGCCUGGUGAAUGCGGAGACGCAAGAAGAAGUCAGAUAUCAAGAGAUGCGACAGAAGAGCGUUAAGUGUGCGUUGUGGCUGAGAAUGCAGAACGUUCAACCCGGCGACAUAAUAACGGUAUGCCCAAGUACAACAAUCGACCUUUACGUUCCGUUUCUAGCGGGUUUGUACAUCGGUGCGGUCGUGAACACGUGGGAUAUAAAUUGCAAAUUGAAUCUCGACGUGCUGCGUCGGACUAGACCGAAGGUGAUUUUCACCGACAAGAAACACGUGUUAGAGAUGUACGGUCUGGCUGCCCUUCUUUUUAGGGAAAACUUUUCUACGAUAAUCAUAGCUUUUCAGCCGCAACAGCAUUUUAUCAACCUCGACAUAAUUUUGAACGACUUCAGCAACUAUAACGUCGAGCAAUUCGUAUGCUGGAAGCCGAGAUAUAACGACAUCAUGGUGAUACUGCACACUAUUAACAUGAUGACCGUUGAAAAAAAUAUAGAGAUAUCUUACAUGGCGUUCCAGACUUCAUUCAUCUUGGAGAUACCUCCCCUGCGGGCAGCGGGUAUCUGCGGCCUGUGGUAUGCAAAUUUAGGUUGUUACUACAAUAUAGUCCUGUUGGUCAAGGCCAUUAUCUUACACGCGCCACUAGUCGUGUGGUGGCGAAAGGAUUACCGACAACUGUGCGCAAUGAUUGAGCAGUUCCAGGUGCAGUGGAUGUACUUUAAUAACGUACAGGCAAUAGAAUUCAACCGUUUCAUUACAAAUCCAGAUUCUUCUAGAGACAAAGAUGAAGGAAUCGAUAGCGAUAUUGUAUCAGGAGAGGAGGAAGAUGUAGAAAUGCUAAACAUAUCAGAAAAUUUCGCGUUCAGCCUAUCUUCUUUGAAAUAUGUUCUACAUGAUUUGAAUCUCGAAUAUCCCUGGAUUCAUGAAGAACUCGUCUAUAAUUUACCAGAAAGAACAAAUAUAAUUCUAUUGUAUUCCUAUCCUGAGAGCGGUGUAAUUGCUUCUCGAUGGUGCCUCGAAAAACGAAGUAACGCCGGUUAUGUGUGCAAGAACGUUGAAUUAAAGGUCAUCAACCACUUUGGGAGGGAGGCACGCCCCAACGAACACGGCGAAAUCUGCUGCAGAUCCCCAUAUAUGAUGAAUGGUUAUCACCUACAGCCUAUGAUUACGCAAUCCGCCAUCGACAAGGAGGGAUGGCUACACACGAAAGAUAUGGGCUGCUAUCACAGAGACGGUUUCAUCUAUGUGCUUGGUAACAUAGACCUGCCCGUCACAUUCCGAGGUGAAUCCUGUGAUGAUCGAUGUUUCCAGAAUUGUUUGGAGGAACAGGAAGGAAUAUCUCAAGCUUAUGUAUUGCCCGUGUUGCACGAGAUUGACGGUGAACAACCAUUCGCGUUCCUUGUGAAAAAAAGAAACUAUCCACGGAAGGGGGAACCGGUGAUAAAUGAAGAGGUGCAUAUGGAAGUACUGGAGGAUUUAUUUAAAUUGGAUGAUUCCAGCAGGUUUGGCACGAUGUUUCUGUUGGAAAUGCCACGGAAUUAUUACAAUACCCUCGAUAAAAAACGCUUGUAUCACAUACUUGUUAAAUAUCUACAGAAUGAUAGCUUAUGUUAUAGGUAAUAGUAAAAUUUUUAAAUAGAUUAACCGCGAUUUGUAUUUCGGCAAUAUAGUUAAAAAGUCAGAGAAAGCAUAGAUGUAGAAAUAUGUAUAAUUAAAUACGCUGUUAUUAAUGUUGAGUUACGUAACUGUCUGUACAACGAAAUCUUUAAUAUACGUCCAUAUUAAAAAACUACUCCAUA